AUGCAAUAUUUGUUUUUGCCGUUGGUGGUUCUGUGCGCAAAGGGGCUUCUCAGGAACAAAGAACCCGCAAUAUCCAUUACCCCCUACCACUUGGAUUCACACGAGGGGGGCAAGGAAAAACCGGAUGACACAUUCAGUGGCGGCACCUUCUCCCCCAAGGAACACGGAGGACAAACAAGUGACUAUGUUAGCGAAGCUGAGUUUUCUUCGUCAGACUCCCCCUCAGGGGCGAGUUUCCUGCAGGAGUGCACAAUUAACAGUUGUUUGAGUGUGGACAACGAUGAGGUGGGAGCAGUGGCGGUGACUGAUGAAAUUGGCGCAGAAAAGAUCAGUGAUACGGUAGGCGGUGUUGCCUCCAAUGAGAAGAAAGACGAACCCAAGAGCGAAUCGCAGAGUAUUCAAAAAAUGAACAAACCGAAGGAAGAUCAAGGGAAAGAUAAGGCACCUGUUGACGCGGGUGCUGUAAAAGACGGUGAUGGAAGUUGCACCGUAGAAAGGAACAAGGAGGCGAAAGAGGAGGGGAAUGAGGAGGGGAAGGUGGCCGCGAAGAAGACCAUUGAAACGGAGAUUGAGGAGGAAAAAAAAGCGGUUUUCCAGAGUGAAGGCCAAAGCAAAGGCCAAACGAUAAGUCAAAGUGACACCCAAGGGGAUAAGGGUGACAUGAAGGAGAAAGAAGAAAACGAUGAUGAAGAAGAUAAGGAGGAUUCAGAGGAUGCAGACGAUACGGAGGAUCUAGAGGAUGUAAAGGAGGAAAAGGAUGAUGACGACCUGGAGGAUGAGGAGGAGACGGAAGGGGGAAAGAAAAACAAGAAUGAUGACAAAUUGAAGGCAAAGAAGGAGAGCUCCGAAAGCACUGGUAAUAGUGUGAUGGCUGAAAAAAAAGUGGACUCAAAAAAGGAAAAUGAUAUAAAUGGAGUAAAAGAAAAGGAGGAAUCGGUACCUGGUAGUAAUUCGAACGUGCAAGAAGCGAAAACAGAGGCUCAAAAGAGCACCAACACGAUUGUCGUGGCGGAAAAAACAGAGAUUCCCAUGGAUGAACCAACGAGAAUAAGUGACUCAAAGACACAAUUAAGAAGCAAUAGUAGCGCAAAUGGGAAGGAGGGGAAAAUAGUUGCUCCAAGCAAAGACAACAACCAUGGGGUAGAGGUGAAUGUGGACUUGUCGCGAGAUAGAAAUGCACAUGAGGGAAAAGAAAUCGGGAAGAGCAACGAGAUUCAAGGGGAGACGGCUAAAGAGAACACACAAGGCAAAAAAAGUGAAGUUGAAGGAGGUAACAAGGAGCUAGGAGAGAGUAAACAUGUGGAGAUGGCACAAGGGGAGGAAGAUGCCGAAAAAGCGAAAGUAGAAAGGAGUCGUGUUGACACUGAUGUGGGUGCUGAUGUGGGUGCUGAUGUGGGUGCUGAUGUGGGUGCUGAUGUGGGUGCUGAUGGUAACGCCGAUAUUGACGCCGAUAUUGAUGAUGGUGAUGAUGUGGAUGCCGAUGCAGAUGUUGACGGUGAUGACGAUAUGGAAGAGGCGGCUGAAGAGGAGACAGAAAAAAAAGGGAAGGGGCUCAAAAACAAAAACGAAGUCCCAGCCUGGGAUAACUUUGAGGGAAAGGCACCAAAAGGGGGAAAACCUGAGGGCGACGCAAAAACUAAUGCAGAUAUACACACUAGUGAUGUUCUCCAAAAGGGCAAAGGUUUGGAGAACAAAGAAUUACAUGGAGGAGCAAAUCCGCACGGAGUAGUAUCCCCCACGGAAGAAGCCUCCCUUGGAAAGAAGAGCACAUUGGAGAUGGUAUCACCAGCCGCAGAUGGUACUGUCCAGUUGGGUCAGGAGAAGGGCCAAGGGAAGGGUCAAAAGGAGGGUCAAAGGGAGGAUAAAAAGGAGGAGCCAAAUCAAGGCCAAGAGCAGGGCCUAAAGCAGGGCCCAAAGCAGGACGAAAGACAGAGCAAAGUAGGAGGAAGAAAUUAUGAAUCCAAUAUGUUUACACUGGAUAAAAAAAUGCACAAAAAUCUGUCGAGCAUUGAUGCCAUUUUUCAUGGGCUAAAGGACAAAUUAAAUCGCCACAGGGAUUUGAAAAACCAAGAACUGAAGUUGAAAUUCGAGGCCAUGGGGAGGAUCAAGGAGUACAAGUUGUAUAAAGACCUGAUACAGAAGUCGGUGGAGAUAGUGACACUGCGACUGAUGAAGAUCAACGAAGAUUUAAAAAAGUUGAAACAAUCAUCGGAUGUGGCUCUGCAAAAAUAUAUUAACGAGAAUGGCUACGGGUUGUCGAAUUUCUCCGACUUGAAAAAAUACGACAAUGCACAAGAAGAAAAUGUAUCCAGUGGAAGCAAGCACAGAGGAGAUGAAAACAAGAGGAAGUUGUUCUGUCCAAUGGAUUGCGUGAGAAAAAGUUGCCACAACAAUCCAAGUCAUCCAACUCAGUGCUACAAAUUAGAUCAGAGAGGAAGUCAAAUUCAAAAAAUCUGCGAGCCGUUUGCGGACCUGCACAAAGGCACAUGCCCAACUGAUUUCCAUCACUGUGCCAUAGCUGAGCCGGAGAGGAACAAAAAAUAUUCUAUCUUUGCCUCGGGUGAACGCGGACAGACACCUCAGUUCAUCACCAUUCGGGGAUACAACUUACACGAAUGUCUGCAGUUGCUCGUUGUGAAUAAGGGAUCCACGUGCUCCCCAAGGAGCAUCGAAAAAAAUAUUCUGGAGUCAGAGGGCAUACUGCUGGAGCCUGUCUUCACCAAGUUACUGCACAACGAGAUCCUCUUGGAGAAUAUCAAGAUAAAGAACCCCGGGGAGUACAACAUAUGCCUGGCGCAGUUCUACCAAGAACCGGACACGGAGGAUCUACUCACUGAAAAUGCCUCCAACAGAAGCGGGAAGUCGAACAAGUCUGGUAGGGCGAAUAAGACGCAGAAAAGUGACAUACAAAUUUUGGGCAUCGAUACCAUAGGCACCCUGUACGUGCUUCCGCUUCCGUCUAGGAAGUAG